AGAUUCAUGCAAAUAGCAGCCACAGCACAGCUGCCACUGAGGAGGAAGGACUCGGGCUAGCGCAGCUGCACGGCUCCCCAGGGCUGGCCGGUCCCCAGGACGUUGGGAUCUCACCUUCCCGGGGGCUUCAUUCCAGCCGGCCAUGAAGGGCACCGGGCUGGUGGUGGGGCUGGCCCUCCUGCUGGCGGUGGGGCAGGGAGAGAAGACGCUGGAAGCAGGCUCCUGCCGGCCCCGCGCCUCCUGUCACGACUGCAUCCGCUCCCAGCCCAGCUGCGCCUGGUGCAAAGCGCUGGACUUCACCAAGACGGGCGAGUCGGAUGCCACGCGCUGUGCCACGCGGGAGGAGCUGCUCCGGCGCGGCUGUGCCCUGGAGGAGGUGGUUGAGCCCCGGGGCCGGCACCAAGUCCUGGAGGACGCGCCCCUGAGCGACAGCGCCGAGCAGGAGACAGUGACCCAGCUGGCACCCCAAAAGAUCGCCCUGUGGCUCCGACCUGGAGAGCAGCACAGCUUCUCGGUGCGGUUCAAGCGGGCCGAGGGCUACCCCGUGGACGUCUACUACCUGAUGGACCUGUCCUACUCCAUGAAGGACGACCUGGAGAACAUCAAGAAGCUCGGCAAUGACCUGCUGGCUGCACUCAGGAACAUCACCAAGUCAGUGAAGAUUGGCUUCGGCUCCUUCGUGGACAAGACGGUCCUGCCCUACGUCAGCACGGUGCCCGCCAAGCUGCGGAACCCCUGCCCCGACCGCUACGAGCAGUGUGACUCGCCCGUGAGCUUCCGCCACGUGCUGCCGCUCACCGACAACGCCAGCGAGUUCGAGAGCCGCGUGAGCCAGCAGCGCAUCUCGGGCAACCUGGACUCGCCUGAGGGCGGCUUCGAUGCCAUCAUGCAGGCGGCUGUGUGUGAGGAGCAGAUUGGCUGGCGGAACGUGACACGUCUGCUGGUCUUCACGUCAGAUGACGUCUUCCACACGGCGGGGGAUGGCAAGCUGGGUGGCAUCUACCUCCCGAAUGACAACCAGUGCCACCUCGACACUGACGGCCUCUACAGCAAGAGCCACAUCUACGAUUACCCCUCGGUCGGGCACUUGGCCCAGGUGCUCUCAGCCUCUAACAUCCAGCCCAUCUUCGCUGUCACUGGCUCCACGCUGCCCGUGUACCAGGAGCUGAGUAGGCUGAUCCCCAAGUCGGUGGUGGGGGAGCUGAAGGAGGAUUCCAGCAACGUGGUGCAGCUCAUCUCUGAUGCCUACAAUAGCCUGUCGUCCACGGUGAACCUAGAGCACUUCCAGCUCCCGCCCGGCGUGAGCGUGGCCUACAAGUCGCACUGCAAGGACGCCACCGACUCCCUCGGGAUCCACGGUGGGGUCUGCUCCGGCGUCCACAUCAACCAGCUGGUGAGCUCCCCCCUUCACCCCUGCCAGGUUCUGGGGAUCCCCGUGUUAGGACAGCCUGACCCACUGCGGGGGGCUGGCUGCAGCCCUGGCCGCGUGGGCAAGCUGUGUGAGUGCGAGCUGGCGGAGGCCACGGACCUGGAGGCGGGGUGCCGGGGCCGGAACGGCACGGGCCCCACGUGCAGCGGGAAGGGGCAGUGCGUGUGCGGGCAGUGCCAGUGCAACAGCAACGUGCGAGGGCAGCACUGCGAGUGCGACGACACCAGCUGCGAGCGGCACGACGGGCAGCUCUGCGCAGGCCAGGGUCGGUGCCAGUGUGGGAGUUGCAUGUGCAACGAGGGUUACACGGGCAGCGCCUGUGACUGCAGCCUGGACACCCGCGCGUGCCUGCAGGACGGCGUGGAGUGCAGUGGGCACGGGCGCUGCGUCUGCAACAAAUGCCAGUGCCAGCCGGGUUACUUCGACCGGCUCUGCAGCCGGUGCACGAACUGCCGGACCCCCUGCGAGGAGCACCGGGACUGUGCCGACUGCCAGGCCUUCAGGAUGGGCCCGCUGAGCCAGAACUGCAGCAUCGCCUGCAACCACACCGUGGCCACAGUGGUGCCCGAGGCCACCGUGAACGAGCAGUGGUGCAAGGAGAAGACGGACGACGAGCGGAUCCUGAUCUUCCUGAUUGAGGGCACGGAGGGGGGCAAAGUUGCCCUGAAGGUGAAAGACAAGGACGCUGUCACUGACCAGACCUCCAUGAUCGUGCUGGGCUCGGUCCUGGGUAUCGUGGUCAUCGGGCUGCUGGUCAUCAUCGCCUACCGCAUCUCCGUGGAGAUCCUGGACCGGCGGGAGUACAUGCGCUUCGAGAAGGAGCGGGAGCGGGCCAAGGGGAACGAGGUCAACAACCCACUGUUCCAGAGUGCCACCACCACCGUCGUCAACCCCAGGUACAACGAGGACUGAGGCAGCAUGGAUGGCCGCCCCGGCGCCAGCCCAGCUACCAACGGCACGGGCCCCCGGUGCCACGCUCGCUACGGCAGCCCCCCCCCCAACUCUCCUGGAAGGGAAGGCGCAGGCAGAGGGCCCGCUGCUCGGCGGAAUCCCACACUGCUACCCGCUGCCAAAUAGGCCCACGGGGACGUGCCUGCUUGUGCUGCCAGGCGCGCCCACUUCUUACUGGAGGAGCAGGAUGCAGCCCUGGGGCUCUUCCCAGCCCGAAGCCUCCCUGCUUAAGUAGCCCCACCCUGUCCUCCCCUCGCAGCACUAAGUCCCGGAGCCUGCUGCUUCUCUGCCCCCCGCAGCGCAUCAGUCAGCGACCCCCAGCGCCAGGAGAGCACAAGCUGCUGCCCACGCCCAGCAGGAGAGCUCUGGGGUCAGAGACUAGCAGGAAGGGCCGGGCUACGGAGCACCAAAGCUCCACUUUUGGGGGGCUUCUCUCCAGGGCACUGUAGGGCAGAGUAGAGCCAGGGGAAACUCAUGGCAACCACGGGGGCGGGGCGGGGCGGGGCAGGGCAGGGGUGGUAAAUGGAGCAGGGCCAUUCAGCACCAGAAGAGACUACUGCGUAGUCCCUCCUGCCAGCACAAAGCCAGUAAAACCCCACUGUGAACCGGCUGCUUAACAACUGCUAGGAGCCUCUCCUCUUUAUCACCACCCGCACCUUCGAGGCUCUCAAAUAAUGUCCCCCCCCCCCCAGACAAGGCACUGCCUCCCCCACUUUGCUGGGUGAAUACAGAGCAGAAUAAAGGGCUGGGGGAGCAGCCGGCUCAA